AUGUCUGACGACCAGAUAAGUCCCAACAAACCGUUUGUUCAAGUGCCUGCGAGCACCGAGUCUUCGCCCUUGAAGACCCUGGAGUUUGUCAACAUGCCUCCGUCCAGAACCUUGACCGAUGGCAGUUUGAACAGUACCAAUAACGACGACUAUCAAAUGUUGUCAAAAUCCAAGUUCAGUGAAAAAAGUUCGCUCUCAAACUUGAAACUGUUUGCCUACCAAGGAGGAAGUACGGCCAACCCAGUGGUUAAUGGAUCAAAUGGGAUCACUGCUGAUCAAACGAAUUCUAAUGGUCUCCCCAAGCAGAUGGAGGACAAUAUGAAUAUCUUGAAGAAAAGGUAUCCUACUUGCAAAGAAUCAGUAUUACUUCAGACUUAUAAGAAAAAGAAGGGAAAUUUACGAGAGGUUAUUGGGUUUUUAAAUGGAUUACAAGUAUCGCAUCCUCAGUUCUUUAAAGCAACAAAUCCACCCUCCAAUAAUAAUAUCAGCAGCAGACAAAAAGAAACCGCAAAACCUGUCACUCAUAAUAGUCCAGGUGCCACAAGACCUUCUGGCCGUUUAGCAUCAUUGAAUAGUACUCCACAAAAGAGCGAGUUAUCCUACAAGCUUAACCCUACAAAAAAAGUGUUAUCUAUUCAACAAAAGUUUGGGCUCAGUUCUCAGAUCAAAUCAGAAGCUCCUCAAGUGAAAAAGAGAAGAUUGGUCCGGGGCUCUAGAAAUCCAAAACCUGAUUAUCAAGAAGAUGACUUCAUCGCCGAUGACGAUGAAGAUGAUGAAGAGGUCGCAAAGAUAAAGAAGCCUAAAUCCAUCCUUGAAAAAUACGCCGCUAAUCAAAAAGCUAUAAUCAAUAGAGCGGUCAGCUUAAGUGAUGAUGAAGAAGCCGACGCCGGUGCGUCAGAAGAUGAAGACGAUUCCGAUGCUGGUGAAUAUUAUACACAAAGUGCGGCAUCGCAAUAUGAAAUGAACAACAGACUUUUAGAAUUCUUGAACACCGCAGAAUUGGGUGAUAUUUGUGACAUCGGUGGCUGUUCUCCUGCCAUUGCCGAAAACUUGAUCAAGAACCGUCCUUGGCGAUCUUUGUACGAUCUCGAAAACAAUGAGUUGGGCGAAACUGUUGAGACCCAAAGCAGAAGAAGUAAGAGAAAGCCUAAUGGAUUGAAAAUUGUUGAAAAAGCCGCAGUGACCCUUAGAGGUUAUGAUGCCGUCGAGUCGUUAGUACAGAAAUGCUCUCAAUACGGUAAUAUUAUUUCUAAUGAGAUCAAGAAGUGGGGCAUCAACGUCGCUGGUGAAAAAGGAGAACUCGAAAUCACCGAAGUGGAUAGUGAAGAAGUUAAUGAUGAUAAUAAUAAUAAUAAUCAGGAGGAGGAGGGGGAGGAUGGUGAUAAUGAUAUUGGGUCUACCCAAAGGAAAGUCAGAGGGACCUAUUUCAGUCAUAAGCCUAAAUGGGCCGCCGACAAUUUACAAUUAAAGCCAUAUCAACAAGUCGGUAUUAAUUGGUUGAAUUUGUUGUAUCAAAACAAUCUAUCGUGUAUAUUGGCAGAUGAAAUGGGUUUGGGCAAAACUUGUCAAGUCAUUUCUUUCUUUGCAUACUUGAAAGAAAUCAGCUCUAAUAAAGGUCCAAAUUUGGUCAUUGUUCCGUCUUCAACUUUAGAAAACUGGCUUAGAGAAUUCCAAAAGUUUUGCCCAACUUUAAAAGUCAGUCCUUACUAUGGGUCACAGAAAGAACGUUUUGAAUUGAGAAUGACAUUAGAAGAGACCGAGUUUGAUGUUUUGGUAACAACUUAUAACUUGGCCACCGGUAACAAAGACGAUAUGAAGUUUUUAAGAAGUCGGAAAUUCAACAUUAUUGUCUAUGAUGAAGGCCAUAUGUUGAAGAACAGCAAUAGUGAAAGAUAUCAGAAAUUGAUGAAAAUUCCUGGGAAAUUUAGACUUUUGUUGACAGGUACCCCGUUGCAAAACAACUUAAAAGAGUUGAUCAGUUUGUUGGCUUUCAUUUUGCCAAACUUGUUCAGAGAAAAGCAACAGGAUUUGCAAGUUUUGUUCAAUCAAAAGGCUACUACCAGUAGCAAAGAUGAUGGGAGUCGAAAGGAUUUCAAUCCAUUAUUGUCUGUCCGUGCCAUUUCAAGAGCAAAGACGAUGAUGACCCCGUUUGUGUUGAGAAGAAAAAAACAACAGGUAUUGAAGAACAUGCCAAAGAAAGAAACAUUCAUCGAAUAUUGUGACAACACAGACAUUCAACAAGAUUUGUACGAAAAGCAACUUGAAAAGGGCAGAAAGGCUACGGAAGAAUCUUCGGAACUUGAUAAGAAUCGUGACCAAUCAUCCAAUAUCAUUAUGAGUCUUAGAAAAGCGUCGAUUCAUCCCCUAUUAUUUAGAAUACAUUUUACCGAACCUUUAUUGCGGAAAAUGGCUAAGGAUAUUAUGAAAGAACCGCAAUAUCGUGACGCCAACGUUCAGUUCAUUUUUGAAGAUAUGGAAGUGAUGACGGAUUUCGAAUUGCACAACUUAUGUUUGAAAUUCCCUAAAACCAUUGGUAAAUAUAAGUUGGAUCUUUCUGAAGAAAUCCUCAAUUCUGGAAAAUUUAUGAAACUAAAAGAACUUUUGCCAAACUUCAUAAUCCAAGGUGAUAGAAUUUUGAUCUUCUCACUUUUCACCCAAGUGUUGGAUAUUUUGGAGAUUUUAUUGAAUGAAUUGAGCAUCAAAUUUUUGAGAUUGGAUGGGAGCACCAGUGUUGAAUUACGACAGGAUAUCAUUGAUCAGUUUUACCAGGACGAAUCGAUCAAAGUGUUUAUUUUAUCCACCAAGGCCGGGGGGUUCGGUAUCAAUUUGGCGUGUGCCAAUACCGUGGUGAUUUUGGAUCAAAGUUUCAACCCUCAUGACGAUAGACAAGCAGAAGAUAGAGCACAUAGAGUAGGUCAAACUAGAGAGGUCAGAGUAUACAGAAUGAUCUCGCAGAACACUAUUGAAGAAAACAUUUAUAAUUUGGCACAGCAGAAAUUGGCCUUGGAUCAAAGUGUCAGUGGUGAUGGUGACAACAGUGAUGCAGCAAGCAACAAAAAUGAGGAAAAGGCCAGUAAAUCCUUGUUCAAAGAACUCUUCAAAUGA